UCUGAGUCAGGAACAGAGCGUUACGUUUAGAGCUGUUUUUAUUCUUCGUAAUUAUUUUUUCUUUCAGUGUGUUUAUUUCCGUUUAGUUAAAUUUGUAUAACAAGUCAAACUUUAUUCAAAGACUCCGUAAAUAAAGUAAAAAAAAUGGGUCGCUUGACUCUGGAAUUCUGGGAAUUGAAGUCUUUCUGCAGGAACAACAUGUGGAGAGGUUUCACCUUCAACUAGCUAGCCUGUCUGUCCGAUCUCAGUCAUGUCUUUUUGCUUUAACUUCGACAUUUCAGCGCAAACAAACUUACCUGCAGAAGUUAGUGGAGAUAAUUCAAAAAGCGAAGAAAAGGAGGGAGAUCAGAAAUAUGCAGAAGUUGAAGAUAAAUCAUCAGCCGGUCCAGUGAAAGAGGCCAAAGAGCACCUUCCUCCAUUGGACCCCCAGUUCCUCCUUACAGAUGCUGUCUUUGAAACCGUUACCAUUGGAACCCUUCCUCCUCUGCACUUCCUCAAUGAGACCGUUUUCGAGAGGACGGCCUCCGAAAGAGAGGACGUGGAGAAAAUCCUCUCUUGCAGGGAGGAGAAGAACUCUGAUCUCAUCUCUGGUGUGUACGAAGGAGGUCUGAAAGUGUGGGAGUGCACUUAUGACAUCCUGGAGCUGAUAGAGAAAGAGGGAGAGACAUUCAGGGGAAAGGCAGUGUUGGAUUUGGGUUGUGGAGCGGGACUUCUGGGAAUAUUGGCCCUAAAGAGAGGAGCCAGGAUGGUCCUCUUUCAAGAUUACAACAGCACAGUCAUUGAACAGCUCACAGUGCCAAAUGUGUUCCUGAACUGCCAAGAGGAUGAUGAGGUAGAAAGUGAUGGUGAGAAAAAGGGGAAGGGCAAGGGAAAAAAACAAGAAGAAGACGGUUGUGCAGAGAAAGGGAAAGAUGACUCAAAUGCUAACAGCCCACCUCCUAAGAAAAGAGUAACAGAUCUAUCCAAACACUCGUUAUUGGAGAAAUGCCAUUUUUACUCUGGAGACUGGAGGACGUUUCUUCCUUUGGUUCUAAAGAGGAAGCCACAGCCCAAAUUUGACAUUAUAUUCACCUCAGAGACAAUCUACAACACUUGCUACUACCCUGCCCUGCAUGAAACUCUUCACCAGCUUCUGGCACCCGGCGGCCUGGUAUACCUGGCUACCAAAUCCCACUACUUUGGUGUUGGCGGCGGCCUACAUCUGUUUGAGACGUUCGUGGAGCAGAGGGGUGUUUUCUCCCUGAAUCACCUGUGGGAUGGGGCUGAAGGCCUGCAGAGACACGUAGUGGUGCUGCAAUUUAAAAAGCCCAAAGACCUCUGACCAGGAAAUGUCAGCUAUACACAAACUUGUUACAGAUGAUGAACCCUUGCAUGAGAAAUAUGUUAUAAGUUUGACUCAGUCACAUAUUUUGUGGCUGAUUUUCAGCCAGUAAUUUGGUAAAGCUGACGUGGAUAUCGAUUUCUCUCUGUGAUCCAUGAAAAAUAAAGAAAUAGACUCCCUUUUA